UAAGAUGCUGGUCUGGAUGUAGUAGGGGGAUGAUCUCAACGGCCGGAGACGUCAGAUCAAGAUAACCAGGCUGAUCACUACCUUAAAACAAGGUUGCAAAAGUCUCCUCCGUAGGGGUUAUCGAGGAUGGACCCCUGGUUAUAUAUACAAAUCAAACGGGGUCCACGAAAUUUCUGCUUCCUUCCCACCCCCAUCGAGCGCCAAGCGGCGUCACUUACGACUAAUCGUUUGCAUUUAGCCUCGGGAUCAGCACCGGUUUCAAUCAGGGCGGACGGAGACGAGGUGCGCAAAAGGCCCUUCGACCCAGGGAAGCACAGCCCACCCGAGACGGAAAAGGGGCCAUGCAGCCGAUGUCUGAAUAUUAGUCCGGAGUUAUGCACCGCAUUAGCUCGAAAUGGAGGCCAUGUUGAAGGCCUUGAGAUUGAUCGGGCUCGGCUGAGGUGGACCGAAUCAGCCCAGGCGGCUGAGGAUCCAUGGGCGAAUCUGCGGACCUCGUGGCAGGAGGAGUCAUUCGGGAUAAUUUCUUUCGCAAUUUGUUUCUCAAUUAGUCCAGGUCCGAUAGUGGGGCGUCACCGGCGUUGGGUAGGAAGUUUCUCGAGCUGUCUUUUGUCGAGGGGCGAAACUUACCGAGGUCCAGAGAGAUAAAUGAUAUCGCGGAAUACACCUUCUAGACUCCUUGUUGCCAGGCCACGUAACAUAACAGUGCUUGCUGCGAUGAUAACUGAUAGCUACGGGCUCAUACUCGACUGUAGGUCAGAUUGAGUUCCGGUAAAAAUUGCCGAGCAAGAGUUGUUCGAAGUCGGACAGUGAGAGCCCAUUGUUGGAGCUGCAAUAUGCCAAUCACCAAUAUUAGUGGCGGUUGACUUCUGUCUUCUGUCUCUGUCUGUUCUCGCCGCCCACACAAACAAACAAAAAGUUGAUCAGCAAAGAUUUUAUGCACAGUCGCAUAUUUGGC